GUACUGCAGCGUUCAAGAGAGGCAUUGCAAGCCAUGCAUUGAGGGUAGUUGACAUCAAAGUGUGUAGAAAUAGAGAUCAUGAUGCGCCGUUUCCUGCGGAAAGGCUCUAACGAGUUGGAUCCCAAUCCUAUUGAAUCCUCGAAUGGUACGAGUUCUCUGAAUGAGUCGGGGCCAAUUCCUGAUCGGAACGGUGAAAGUCGCAUGGUUUCGGGUGCGGAUGUUAGUCCCACCAAGACAAAGAAGACUAGAAAAACAAAGAAUGUACAUUCGCUCCCAGCCACACCAGUUUCCGCGUCGACGGAGCGAGAAAUCCACGCCCAACGAUUACAGAAAGUCAUCGCAAAGACAAUGAUGGAUAGCGGAGAAGGGCUAAAAUCAUUCUAUUCGUGCAUCGAGGCUUCUGAUGCUUUGGCUUCGACUUCUACGUCUUCUGGUAGAGGAAUUGAUGACUCGACUGGGUUGACUGAUUGCUCGGUUUUGGUUUCACCUGAUGGAGAGCUCCUCAUUAUCCCGCAGCAGCAACAACAAUACAGCAAGGAAGGACGUGCGAAUGACUCGGAAGAAAGUCAUGAUAAGGAAGUUGACGGAGAAGGUAUGCCAGCCGAGCCCAAACGGAAAGAAAAAUCUCAUUCUUGGUUUGAUGCACACGGUACUGCAUCGAAUGAACUGGGCGAGGAAUACAACUCAGCCGUCUUUCUUGGGAAUGACUUGCACAAAGAGGGCGAUAAGAAUCUUAACGGCUUUUCAGCAAAGGGCUGGUCCACAGCGGCCACAUCCCUUGCUUUAAAACAGUCUGCCGAUCUUAUGGGUGACUUUGCUGACUUCAUGGAACAAUUGGUCCAGACGAAAAGCCCGAGUACCGCACAAGAAAAGCGACCGAUAGACAAGCUACGGAGCAUGAUUGGGGAAAAGCAAACAGAACUUACAGAAUCAGAAGUUGCAACUUACCAACAUUACUUGGAUAAGAACUUUUCUGCAGAGCAAGAGAAACAGAGAAAGUUUCUCAGAAAAAAAGUGAAGGAUCAACAACAAAAUAUAGUUCUUGAAGUGUCUCGUGAUCGAGUGGGACCUCUGAAUUCUUCCGGCGGUACAAUUCCAGCAGCUCUGCAAGCGCUCGAAACCUAUUAUUCAAGAGUCGAAGAAUCCGAUGCAAGACUUUGGGGUAACUUUUCAAAACGCUCAGGGGCAUUGACUAAAAUUCAAAACACCACAAAGAAGACAGAAGAGCGCGUCAACGGUCGACAGCUUGCUCUGCAAGAAACGAUGAUGCGGAUCAAGGUAAUGGAGGAUUACUUACGCGAAUGCAAGGAGGAUGCCAAGAAUAAAUGGGACAAUGUUCACCAAACCGAAGUUAAAAUAACCGCUCUUGUCGAGGAAAAGAUGAUGAAACACAAUAAAAUGAAAGAGGAGCAGCGGAUGCAGCGAAUGGAGGAAGAAGUGGAACGAACAAGUAGCGAUGAUGGAAACUCAGCAGCAACAUCGUCAGAAAUUUGGGAUCUCGUAUCUGCAGCGACAGCAUCGAUCGAAGAGGGAAGUUUCGAACCUGUAGUUGACCUUUCAAAUGAUUCUUUGCCCACAGUCGCUGAUAACGAAUCUACUUCCGACACUAAUGCUGACGAAUCACAAAACGCCUUCGAAGUAUCGGAAGAAAUGGAAAUGGAAAUGGAUACGAGGUACGAGUUCGAAGUUCAAUACCGCCUACCCGAGUUAAGAAUAGUGGCACUUGCUGCCGAGGAAGCGGUUGAGGGUGCUGCAGAUUCACUCUUGAGUGUUCUAUCUAAUUUCGAUCGUACGAACCGAUCGGCUCAUCUUUCUGCGGAGACCUGUCUGGUCAGUUGUGGAAAUACGCAAGCGACAUGUCUGCGCUCAAUUGUUGCUACUGAACGAGAAUCACUCAAGGAGCGAUUAAAACUAUUGGAGGAGCUUGAAAAUAAAGUCGACGAAAUAGACGUCCGAGCCGAUUUGGAUGAGUAUAUAUCAGUCGAUAAGACAAAACCAGGUGGUCGGAGUUCACUGGGUGAAGAUGAUGACGGUGGUGUAGCAUCGGCGCUGAAUCAUCUUCGUGGCGAUCUGGGUUCGGAGAACAAUGGAAAUUGGGACCAAGAAUCGAGCAUUGAUGACGACAAUGCAGGAGUAGAAGAUGAUGAUUCAGAAAUAACGCCUCAGUUCAUAGAGGAAAAAUUGGAGUGCUUUUUCCGAAACGAACCUCUUCUUCUAAGCGACGCACGAAAGAGUGAUAGUGCUACGACAAUACAAGAAGACUUUGAAGCAACCAUUCUCGAGCUGUGCAAAAUAGCAGGGGGGAAAUCGCAAAAGUCUACAACUAGACGGUCUACGAUGUGUUACGCCAUGAACGCGAAACGAUGUUCGAAUCCACGAAUCCCAUCGCGAGCACAAUUCGAUGGUCUCUGCAGAGUUUUCGCGGCCGUCCUUUCCGGCUGCAGUACCAAAACUGAUGGUGGAUUAUCCAGUGCUAUACUGCUAAUGAGUCUUUCCGAGCAUUUUUACGCUCGAGAAAAAGACAGCACCGCUGCACGCGAGGACACAUCUUCAAAGAAGGUCUUCGUCAAAUCUUCCUUGGUCGGUCAUCCGCUCUGGGAAAAGGACGAAUUUUGGGAUAGAGCCUUUCACCAUACCAUCAUGGAGAAAUUGAAUUAUAUUGGGGUCAUGUCCAACUUUGAACGGGAAUCCGAAAAAAUCGUAACGUUAGAAAACAAGGAACGAAGCCAAUGGACAGAAAACAAGAAAACAAAAUGGUACGAUUUGACCGAAGUAGAACGACUCGAAGCUGCCUCCCAGGUGAACGCCGCCGUCUUUGCAGAAGUCAGCACUAUGUCCGAUUCCAUGUUUGAGUUUUGUGGCGAUCUCGAGAAAACUAGCUCAUUUGUUCGCCGCGCAUGUGUCAAGAAUCAGUUGCCCAUUUCCCAGCGAUCUACUCUCCUUCGUCAUUUGAUCCGAGAUUCGGUCGCCGCUAGCAAAGUUGUCGAAAACAAUUGAAUGCCGCAAUCUCUCGGAACCAAUCAUACCUUAACGAGUCAGGGUGAUUACCUGAGACUAAAAAUUAGGAACUCAAUACGGACUGAACUAUAUAGACGUCUUACUUUUAGAUUUCUAUUUUGGCAAUCGUUUCAGCUGAAAUCAAAAUCUCUUCUGGCGUAGCAGCCGCUCGCGACUGUCACUAGACAACAACGAAGGGUCUGAGUAAGUAUGCAUGGUCGGCCCACAAUUUCCGCCGUUCUCGUGACAAGGAUAAUUGAUUUCUGUAAAGUUGUUCGGCGUCGCCCAAAUGAUCUUCUUCUCGAUUCCGAGAAUGUUUUGUCCCAUGGCGAUUCGAAAGAAUCCCAUCUCGCCCCAGUACUCGCCCCAACUAUUGCGGACGAUCCAGUAGUCCUGUUGCGUCUGUUCCUCUCGCCCCCAUCCAGUAAUGGAUACCGCGUGGGUUGUGUCUCUGGAGGCGGUAGCAUUGUUGUAAAUCCCACCUACGUAUUCGGCCAAUCCGUGGCCAUUGAUGGAAGCCACCACGGGUCCUCGCGUGAAUAUUUCCGCCUUGACAGCCUUCACCAUGCGUAUCAGAUUCGUACUGUUGUUGUGAUCAAUGGUGUCUGGUGUUCCGAUGUUGGUGUUUGGUUCGUCCCCGUAACCAUAAUCCUGCGGUCGGUAGUACCCGUAUUCGGCGAUUGUUGCAUUUGGCAUGAUGUCUAUCUCGCGGCAAGUUCCGCCGUUUUCCACAAAUGUAUCGCAGGUUCGACACGUGUUCAGAGGACUGCAGGUGGUAUCCACAAAGGGACAAAACCCCUCUAGGGAUUCUGCACUACAGGCAAUGUAAGGCAUGCAGGUAUCGUAAGGCACGUAUCCAGAACCAUCCUUGACGAAUCGAUAGAGUUUCAUCGUGCUGCCACCACUGCAACUGCCGACGGACUCGGUUCCGCAGUUGAGAAUGUAUUGGAUGCUCAGGUUGAUGUCGGUCCCGGCCCCAGACCUAGCAAUCUUGAUGC